AAAACAGUUCGGUGUGACCGUGAAACAGAUGGCACCGCGUAGAAAAAAUUAAUUUUAUUUCCCGAACCAUUUGCAAUGUUCUUGAAUUUAAUUUUGGUGACUCUUGUGUCCCUGCUAGUAGCAGGAUACUUUUAUGUGAGGAACAAGUAUAGAUACUGGGAAGAGAGGGGUAUUCCAUAUGUGAAACCGACUUUUCCUUUUGGGGUUCUGAAGGGUAUGGGAGGUGAAAAGCAUUUUGCAACAAUCAUCUAUGUUGCUUAUAAUGAACUCAAAGGCAAAGGACCUUUUGGAGGAGUUCACUUCUUCGUCCGACCUGUUGUUAUUGGAAUUGAUUUAGAUUUCUUGAAAAAUGUUUUCAUCAAGGACUUUCAAUAUUUCCAUGAUCGUGGAAUUUACUGCAAUGAAAGAGAUGAUCCCUUGUCCGCUAACAUGUUAGCGUUAUCUGGCCAGAAAUGGAGGAACUUAAGGAGCAAGUUAAGCCCUACAUUCACUUCUGGAAAGAUGAAGAUGAUGCAUAGCGUGAUUGUUGCAGUUGCUAAGGAAUUCCAGGACUAUCUAGAACCUGCAGCUCAAAAGAAUGAAGUAAUUGAAAUAAAGGACAUCCUUUCACGGUUCACCACAGAUAUUAUUGGAAACUGUGCUUUCGGAGUUGAAUGCAACAGCUUGAAGAAUCCUGAUACGGAGUUUCUAAGGAUCGGAAAGAGAGUUUUUGAAUUUAGUCCUAUUGAGUUUCUUCGUAUGUUCUUUAUGUCCAUGUUUCCGGAUAUUGCUCAAAUACUAAGGAUGAAAUUGAAUAAGCCUGAAGUUUCUGAAUUCUUCAUGAGACUUCUGCGGGAAACUACAGAGUAUAGGGAGAAGAACAACAUCAAAAGGAAUGAUUUCCUCUCACUCUUAAUACAAAUUAUGAAUACGGGAAAGCUUGAUGGUGAUGAUACAGAAUUAGGAAAGAUUACGUUUGAGGAACUUGCUGCACAAACUUUUGUCUUCUUUGCUGGAGGCUUUGAGACAUCUUCAUCUACAAUGACAUUUGCAUUGUACGAAUUGGCUCGAAACCAGGACAUUCAGGAUCGAGCCAGAGAAGAAGUUCAUAAGGUCCUUGAACAAUACAACGGAGAAUACACUUACGAAGCUUGUAUGGAAUUGAAGUAUAUUGAUCAAAUUAUUAAUGAAACUCUGAGAAAACAUCCUAUUGCCGAAAGCCUUAUUCGAAUAUGUGGUCAAGAUUAUCCUGUUCCUGGUACUAAGCAUAUCAUCGAGAAGGGGACCUUUAUAUUAAUUCCUGUCUUCUCUAUUCAUCGUGAUCCCGAAUACUAUCCCGAUCCUGAGAAGUUUGAUCCAGAUCGGUUUACUAAGGAAGGUAUCAAAAAUCGUCAUCCACUUGCCUGGAUUCCUUUUGGUGAGGGCCCUAGGAAUUGUAUCGGAAUGCGUUUUGGCAUGAUGCAGACAAGGGUUGGACUGGCAAGCUUGCUUUCAAAAUACCGAGUUAGGACAUCUGAAAAGACGCUAGACCCUAUGCUCUAUGAUCCUGGUAAAAACAUAUUGACUCCCAAAGGAGGAAUGUGGUUGAAAUUGGAAAAAGUAUAGAGAAGGCUUUUGAAGAGAUGAUUGUUAACCAAUCAAUUUCUAUUGAACCUUGUCGAAAUGUCUGUCUUGAUUGCUGAAUAUCGUCUGGUGUGAUCCAGAUUAAUUGAUUGAGAUCAUGACAGUGUAACCAAAUACAAAAUUGUUGAGAAUCAGCAUUAUUUGCCAAAUUUUUAUCUCAAAAAUUUGAUAUAAAUACGAAAGCUAAAAAUAUCACUAUAUUGGAAUCAGUUUUUGUAUAAAACUCAUGUGUUUGUGCCAUUAUGAAACAUUUAUUUUUGUGUAUGAAAAGAAUAAAUACUAUAUACUUGA